UAUGGAUUAAAGUGCUGGAAUAAUGGAUGAGUCUGAGGAUUCCAUUGCUGUUAUUGGAAUUGGAUGCAACUUUCCUGGUGGUGAAGGGCUAGACAACUUUUGGAAGGUCCUUGUGGAAGGGAGGAACUGUGCAAAUGAUAUCCCAGUAGAAAGGUUCAACUCUACUCUUUGGUAUGAUCCUGAUGAUGGCAAACCAGGGAAGACACAGACUCAGAAGGCUGCGUUUAUCACUGGAUUUAAUGAGUUUGACCACAAGUUUUUUGGUAUCACUGAGGCAGAGGCUAACUUCAUGGACCCUCAGCAAAAACUUCUACUACACUGCACCUACAGAGCACUGGAGGAUGCUGGGAUAUCAAUGGAGAGCAUAAGUGGAAGCCGAACUGGUGUUAUAAUAGGUUUGAUGAAUCGAGACUAUGAGACUCUUAAAAGUGACAACUCUUCAACUAUUAACCACUACAAUGCCACUGGAACAGCCAUGAGCAUUGCUGCUAACAGGAUUUCAUUCACCUUCAACCUGACUGGGCCUUCAUUUGCAAUCGAUAGUGCAUGUUCUUCAUCUCUGGUGGCUUUGCACUUGGCCUGCCAAUCUUUGAAACAAGGGGACUGUGAGAUGGCUGUCUGUGCAGGAGUUAACUGCAUCAUAGAGCCAAGAGUGUUUGUUGCACUUAGUAAAGCUAAAAUGAUCUCCCCAGAAGGAAUUAGCAAACCCUUUUCCAUCAAAGCAGAUGGAUAUGGAAGAGGAGAAGGCUGCGGAGUUGUUCUACUUAAGCUACUGAAAAAUGCUAUUCAUGACUGCAACAAAAUAUGGGGCAUCAUCAGCAAGACAGCGGUAAACCAAGAUGGCCGCUAUGUUAGCCCCAUCACCAAACCUUCAAUGUUGCAACAAGAGGAGCUACUACGCCAAAUCUACUCAGAAAAUGACCUGGCAAAUGUUCAGUACAUUGAAGCACAUGGGACUGGAACAGCAAUAGGAGAUCCAACCGAAGCUGGCAGCAUCGCAAAUGUCAUUGCUAAAGGUAAACCUGCUACAGAGAUGCUAAAAUUAGGUUCUGUAAAGGGGAAUAUUGGGCACACAGAAUCUGCAGCAGGAGUUGCUGGACUUAUCAAGGUACUUCUAAUGAUGAGGCAUGAAACUUUUGUACCCUCUUUGUUCUUUUCAGAUGAUAAUGCUAGUAUAGACAUGAAAACUCUGAAAUUGAAUAUUCUGACUAAAGUUGAACGAUGGGAGAUGAAUGGGUGUUCAGAAAGGGUUGCUGGGAUUAACAGCUUUGGUUUCGGAGGUACGAAUGCACAUGCAAUUGUGAAGGAGUACAAACACAGGUCUAUUCCAAUGCAGAUACCAAAAUGUUGUCCGAAAGUCUUUGUAAUUUCAGCUGCAACAGAGAAAUUGCUACAAGUAUCCAUUAGCAACAUUCAACAAAAACUUAGUACAAAUAAUGCAAUCGAUUUGCAAGCGCUGUCAUACACUUCAGCUUGUGGACGGAGUCAUUCAAAGGAUAAAUAUAGAAAAACAUUCUUAGCUACUUCCAUUUCUGAACUCCAACAACGACUUGCAAUAAAAACAAAAGUUGAGUCAACCAAAUCAGACAUCCAGGUAGUUUUUGUAUUCUGUGGAAAUGGGGUAGCAUACCAAGGGAUGUGUAGUCAGCUGCUAAGAAAUGAACCAAUUUUUAGAGAGAAGAUUAUGGAAGUGGAGAAAGCUUUCAGUAAAUACAAAUACAUCAACAUUAGCCAGAAGCUAGCUGGUGAUACUACAGAGGAUGAUUUUGUCAGACCAGAUGUGGUGCAGUCACUACUUUUUGCACUUCAGGCAGGUAUCGUUACACUUCUAAAACAAUGGGGUGUCAAACCUGACAUAGUUCUUGGUCACUCUGUUGGUGAGGUGGCAGCUGCUUACUGUUCUGGUCUCUUGUCUCUUGAAGAUGCUGUCAAAGUGAUAUAUUAUCGCAGUGUUCUCCAGAGUACAGUUACAGGUGGAAAAAUGCUCGUUGUUGGUAAUGUAGCAGUGGAAGAUGUCUUAACAGCUAUAAUCAAAUUCAAGAAUAGUGUCUGUGUAGCUGCUUACAACAGUCCUCAGUCUUGUACUUUGUCAGGGGAGGAAGAUGCUAUAGAUAUCUUGCACCAAAAUUUAGGCAUCAUGUUUGCAGAUAAAAAUGUGUUUCUCUGUUUGUUAGAUGUCCCAGCAGCUUACCAUAGUCCUAAAAUGGACCCUAUACUUGAUCAACUUGAGAAGAGCAUUCAAUCACUAAAUGCAAACAACAUCAAAUGUCAACUUUUUUCCACAUUGACGGGAAAAAGGAAUUCAGUUGGUGACUUCUGCACAGGAAGCUAUUGGGCAAAUAAUGUGCGGCAACCUGUUUUGUUUACCCAAACAUUGCUAGCUGUAACACAGGAGCAGACAGCUUCAGAAAAUAUGGUCUUUGUAGAGAUCGGCCCUCACAAGGCUCUACAAAGAAGCAUCCAUGAAACUUUAGGAGGACGUCAUACUGUUCUGUCUUGCGCAGAACCUGAGAAAGAUAGCGAAGCCAGUCUGUCUACUGUUGCCAAGCUUUUUGAGUUGGGUGUCAAUGUAGACUGGCAUAAAAUUUACAAGGGUUAUGAGACGAUUCCAUUAGAGCUCCCAAACUAUCCUUUUGAGACAAUGAUGAAUGAGGUGUGUUUUGAACAUCUAAGAAAAGGUGAUCAAAUAACUAGGUCUUCACAUCCUCUCAUAAGCCCAAGUGAGCAUAGUAAUACAUUUGUGUGCAAUCUUUCUCUGGCUACAAUGUCAUAUCUUUGGGAGCACAAAAACAAUGGUGCCGCUAUCAUACCUGGUGCAUUUUAUGUUGAGCUGUCUUAUGCAUCAAUUAUGUUGUUCUGUUCUAAACCCCAAAAGUCAGUUUCUGCACUCCAACUUGGCAUACAUUUUCAAAGUUUUUGCUCACUUAAUUCAGACAACUUUCAGUUAAAAGUGAAACUCGAUCAGUCAGGGAAGCAAUGUACAUUCAAUAUUGAUUCUUCAGUUUCAAGACAUGCAUCUGGUACCUACAGGUGGUCAGAUGGAGACUCAUUGAUAGAAAUACCAUGCAUUUGUCUUGACAUAAUCUCUAAAAGGUGCACAUCUGAAAUCAAAAGCAAGGAAAUGUAUUCAGUCCUUAGUCAAGCAGGUUUCGAGUAUGGUGAAGUUUUCAGACUGCGGCAUCACGUUUACUAUGGUGAUGAAUACAAAGAGGCAAUGGCCCCAGUGCAGGUCCCUGAGGAACUUCUGAAAGACUUAAAUGAGUACUUAAUUCAUCCUGUACUACUUGACUAUUUUUUGCAAAUGACCACAGUUGUCGCUAUGCAAGAGUUAACAGAUAAGCAACGGUUCCCAGCAGCUAUUGAAAGCAUUAUAAUUACAGGACCUCUACAAAAGCAAAUGGUUAUGUACCUAAGAGCAUCUAAAAUCAGCCCUGACUUCUUGGAGGUAUGUGGAUGUUUUGCCAACACAGAAGGAAAAGUGCUGGUCGAACUUAAAGGCAUCAGAAUCUCAUUUUUGAAUCCUUCUUUCCCUGUUCAGCAGUCAGUGUUUUUCCACAAUGAAAUUUUGUCAAUCCCCUCAGAACAGUCCUCACUAAGAAAGAUCAAAUGCAUCCUUUUUGAAGAUAGACUAGGUUUUGCCAAAGCACUCAGACCUUUUUUGGACCCCAAGUCUAUUUCUGUGGAGCAAGGACCACAGUGGACACUGAGCAGGAUCAGAGAUCUAGUUUUGACCUCAAAAUGCAUUUUAAAGGAUGUUAUUUUUAUGUGGGUUGUUGAGGACCUCAGUUACAUGACAUCAGAGAAGACAUUAGACGUAUUGGUUCAUUGCUGUAUGCAGUUUCAACAGAUUGUUUUAGCAUUGAAAGAUAGUGAGUCUUCCUGCACGGUUCGAGUUGUAACUUACAGAGCCACUGAAGAAACUGUGAAUUAUAUCAGCCCUAGUUUUGUGUUUCAUGGACUGACUAGGGCGUGUGCUGCAGAGAUACCAGGGCUCACUUUUCAGCUUAUUGAUGUUGCAUCUGUAACUAGUGAUGACAUAGAAGCUCUGGUUUAUGUCCUAAAUACCUGCACUCAACAAGAAGUUAUGAUAAAAAAUGGGCAGAUUAAAAUGACAAGAAUAGUUCGUUCACCUGUACCAGACAUUUGUGCCUAUUCAAAUAAUCUUCACUCUGUGCAGUUAAAGGACUUCUCUCUUUGGACCAGUGAUCCUUGCCAAAUGACCAACAUGUCUGCUUAUCCAAGAGCCACAAGUGAAAAUCUUGCUCUGGAUUCAGGAUUUGUUGAGGUUGAAAUAACAGAUAUUUGCAUUCACUCUGUUGAUUACUUCCCAGUAAGUGUUUCACAGCUACAUUUUGGUGAUACCUUCUAUUGGAAUAAGCAUGUUACACAGAAUCACAUGCUUCUGGCUUUAGAUUUCAGUGGUGUUGUUACUGCAGUUGGAAAUAAUGUCAGAAAUCUUAAAGUUGGAGAUCACAUUGCCUCAUGCUAUCCGGUAGAAUCUUCUUCAAAGGUUAGAAUCCCAGAAGUAGCUUGUUUUAGCACAAGUGUACAUCCAUAUCUGAAGAAAACACCAUGCGUAUCAUUUUUUGUGUUAGCAUGGGAGAUUCUACAAAAACAGCUAGCUAACGUGAAGAUGCAGUGCAGAAAGUUAACUAUUAUUUCAUCAAACCCAGCUUCCGUUAUGAUGAAAGUUUUAGCACUGACAGCAAACCGCUCAGGGUGGAGUGUUUCGUCAGGGUCUCUUUGUAGUACAGAGCUUUUAGAGAGGAGCCAUGCAGUUGUCUUUCUAGCACCAUUUGAGCAUUCUUGGAUUGAAAGUCUUGACCAACAUAUAGAAGAAGCACAUUUUGUUUUUGUCAGGAGUGGGUAUGAGUCCACCCAACCUCUGAAUAUGUUUGCAGCAAAGCAUGACAACAUCCAUGUACAUAGAAUUGAUGUUGCUGACAUCCUUCAAAAAGCCAAACUUCAAGCACAAAACAAAAUGAUCUCAAACUGGUUGACAUCACUCGGGUUUGCCACAGAAUCUCUGUCACUAAAAAGAGAAACAGUUCAAUCUGUAGAGUCUAAAGUGAAGGAUAAAAAUGCUGAGUCCUACUUUACGACAAAUACAAUAAAGCAAGUUGUUCUUGCCCAUGGACGACCAGAUUGUACAAUGUUCACCAUUCCUGUGCAACCAAUGCCAAAACCACUUUUCAAGACACAUAGCAUUUACAUUGUGACUGGCGGCCUCUCUGGUUUAGGGUGGGAGACAGUGACGUUUAUUGCUGAAAAUGGAGGAGACUGCAUUAUAACCUUGUGCAGAAGUAGUCCGUCAGAGAAAAUGCUGAUGGCAAUUAAAAAGCUGCAGGAAAGAUUCCAUGUUAAAGUCUUGAAUCUCCAAUGUGAUGUUUCAGAGUCACUGCAGGUGGACAAAGCUAUCUCAAAAAUUCAAGAGAGGUUCCCAUCUUGCCCUGUCAAAGGAGUUUUUCACAGUGCUGUAGUUUUACAUGAUGGUCUUAUAGAAAACCUUAAUAGAUCAGUCUUCCAAAAGGUGCUUCGGCCCAAGGUCUGUGGUGCUUUAAAUCUCCAUUAUGCCACACUCCAAUACAAGCUAGACUACUUUGUCUGUUAUUCAUCUGUUUCUUCUGUCAUCGGCAAUGCUUCACAGUGUAACUAUGCAGCUGCUAACUCCUUUCUUGAUACAUUCUGUCAGUAUAGGAGAAAUCUUGGACUUGUUGGACAGUCUAUUAACUGGGGUCCUUUAAAUCUUGGUCUUCUGCUGAACAAAGACAAUUUCCAGAUGUUUUUGAAGACAAAAGGGUUGAUGGUAAUGGAUGUUGGUGAGGUUCACAAGGCACUGAAAAUGUGCCUUUUGAUGGAUAGAGUUCAACAAAUGAUAUGCAAGUUCAACUUCAAGAAUCUUCAUCAUCACGUUCUUUCCCAAAAUACAUUUCUGAGAAAGCGACUGUCUGUAUUGGUGCAAACUGAACUAAAAGAUGUCUUAGCUGGUGAAGCCCCUGUUGGCUAUAGUUCUUCAACUCAAGAGAGCGUGAGAAGACUAGUGAGUGAUCUGAUUCAUGUCAGUGUUGACGAGCUAAAUGAUAACACAGCUCUUUAUUCUUUAGGCAUUGACUCAAUGUUAGCCAUGACUCUGCAGAACAAAGUUUAUCAAGAGACAGGUGUUAAUGUACCUCUGGUCAAAAUAUUAGAUCCCAAAUGUACACUAACAACCCUGGUAACUGCUGUUGUGAAUGUGAAUAUGUGACAUCACAG